GCACGCAGGGUGGGGGGAGGGAGCGCACGACGUGCGCGCACCCUCUGCCUCGUCCACCGCUGCCGCCUCCUUCUUCUGCCGCUCCUGGUGCUGCUUGUGUGCUCGUUUGGUGCGGACCUGGUACCUCUUUUGUGAAGCGGCAGCUGAGGAGACUCCGGCGCUCGCCAUGGCCGACGAAAAGCCCAAGGAAGGAGUCAAGACUGAGAACAACGAUCAUAUUAAUUUGAAGGUGGCGGGGCAGGAUGGUUCUGUGGUGCAGUUUAAGAUUAAGAGGCAUACACCACUUAGUAAACUAAUGAAAGCCUAUUGUGAACGACAGGGAUUGUCAAUGAGGCAGAUCAGAUUCCGAUUCGACGGGCAACCAAUCAAUGAAACAGACACACCUGCACAGUUGGAAAUGGAGGAUGAAGAUACAAUUGAUGUGUUCCAACAGCAGACGGGAGGUGUCUACUGAAAAGGGAACCUGCUUCUUUACUCCAGAACUCUGUUCUUUAAAGACCAAGAUUACAUUCUCAAUUAGAAAACUGCAAUUUGGUUCCACCACAUCCUGACUACUACCGUAUAGUUUUCUCUAUUCUUUCAUUUCCCCCUUCCCCAUUCCUUUAUUGUACAUAAAGUAACUGGUAUAUGUGCACAAGCAUAUUGCAUUUUUUUUUUUUUAACUAAACAGCCAAUGGUAUGUUUUAAUUGACAUCAAGUGGAGACGGGAUGGGGAAAAAUACUGAUUCUGUGAAAAUACCCCCUUUCUCCAUUAGUGGCAUGCUCAUUCAGCUCUUAUCUUUAUAUUCCAGUAAGUUAUUUUGCUCUCACUGUUUUAACAAAAACACACAACAUAAAAAUCCUUGCAUACCUUGUUCAAUUGGAGAAUUUUAAUGUUUUUCAUUUAUCAUUGUAAAACCAAGGACAAUUUUAUAACUUUUUUGUACGUAGCUGUUACAUGUAGGGCAAUCUGUCUUUAAGUAGGGAUAAAUUACUCUAAAACAAAAAAGAAUCUUAGAUAGUUUUCCCUUCAAGUCAAGCGUCUUGUUGUUUAAAUAAACUUCUUGUUUAAAAUGA